CUGAGCUGUCAGGGAUUUAUACUGUGGCAUACCAUGUCGAUUUGUCUUGGAUCUGCAUGAUGUAUUCCAUUGGAAUGGAUUGACAGAAUCAUCUCUGUUAUUCCAGCUUCUCAAUUAUCAGAAAAUGGCAUCGGAUAAAGCAGACGAAUAUAAUGAAAGAACUGUAAACCAGCUGCUAUGGGUGUACCUGCUUGUGUCGGCAUCGCUUUCCCUCGCCUGGGGUUUAGGCGUUUGGGGAUGCUCGUUCCUUUGGGUUUUCAUCGUCAUAGCAGCCCUGUUUGUCGUCUGGAGAACGAAGCUCACUAAUAUCGUGAAGAGGCACUUAGCUAAGGAAGAGCAACGGAUACACAGGAAAAAAGCCCUGAGACAGAGCGAAUCGCUUGAGUGGGUCAACUUCGUUUUUAACAGAUGGUGGGUGUUCAGCUCCAGUAAUCUUGAGGAACUGAUCAAGAAAAGGAUUGAUGAAAGACUACAGACAGUGAAACCAGGAUGCCUUGAUAAAAUGGAAUUACUGUCAUUCCAAUUUGGUGAUCAGACUCCAGCAUUUAAGUAUAUAAGAGCAUUUGAGUACUCUGAAGGAGUGCCAGGGGGCCACAAACCAGUGAGCUGGGUGAGUGUACACUCCCCACCAUGUGGCCUGGGAAAGAUGUCAAAUUAUCAGGUGGUGCUACAGGCUGAGGUGGACACUGUGUGUGAGGACUUCAAGAUGGUUUUCAGGUCAACCAUUGGCAAAGCAAGAGUGGGCCUUAGUUUUGACAUGUCUGUUGAGAACCUGUUUGUCAAGGGCAAUCUCCAGAUCAUUCUACACAUGUCAAUGGACGUCCCAUUCCCUCACGUCACCAAGGCAACCAUCAUGUUCACAGAAUUACCAGAGGUCUCAUUCAGUGUAAAUGUAAUAAAACAGUUAGAUAUUAUGCAAGUUCCGCUCAUCAAAUCCUGGUUACAAGCAAAUGUGAUGGAGGGCCUCACAAAAGCACUUGUUGACCCUGGGAUAAUUGACAUUCCUAUAGCAAAGGUUGGCCCCAUACAGAUUAUGAAGAAAUCUGACAAGCCUGAUAAAAUGGCUCAAGGAGUCCUCACUGUACUGAUAAAAGGCAUUCCAAAACCUACAUCCAAAAAAGCUGUACCAGAUACUGAAGAGGUGCGUUAUACGAUGGUGAAAGUUGGAGCAAAGAAACGUCAGACUUAUGAUGUCAUGGCAACGGAAGAAUGGGAGGACAUUUGUUCCAUGUUGGUCUACUCUCUAACGAAGGACAAGAUUGUCGUGAAGAACAAAUGUCGUCGUUUACUGACCAAUAUCACCCUGGAUUACCAUGAAAUUCUGUUAAAUUCCUUGCCAUUAGAAAUGGAGAAAAAUGUUUCUACGUCCCUUACCAAUAAGGAUGGAAGUAGACAUGAACUGAAGUUACAGUAUACUCCGCUCACUUACAUAGAUAUGGAUGUUACCAAUGCUGACCCUCCUCAGCUCGACUCUCCUGAGAUGGCUGGGGUGAUGUUUGUGUGUGUCCACAGUGCCUCUGGAGUGAUUGCCGCAGACAAAAGUGGAACAUCAGACCCCUACUGUGUAGUGUUCUGUGACAGGCGUCGGGUCAUGACCACACCGUACAUUCCCCGUACGAGGAAUCCUCACUGGGAGAAGUCAGUGGAAUUCUUCACAGGAGACUACACUAAGAUGAAUCUGUCAUUUUAUGUGUUUGACUGGGAUGGUACCAGCACCAUCGAUGAUGACUUUUUGGGAUCUGCUCACCUAUCGCUCAAAGAGGGCGAAAGUGGAUUCCUGAAAAGGGGAAUCACCCUCGGUUACAACAAGCGGUCGGAGGGCUAUGUUACAGACUCUGCCUUCGGGCAGAUCACUGUGUCUGUGGUAUUCAGACCGAUAUCCUCGGUCGCCAAAUCCGAACGGUACCGCCUGGUCAGUAGUGGAACUCCACAGGACUACCUGUACACGGAGGACCUGGUGUCCCCCUCGUCCGUAGGCGGUGGCCCCGGCGAUCCCCAGAGAUCAAAGUCUAUGGGUGGUCAACAAGACUUCCCUGAUGAUAAGAUCCUGGUGGACCUGACUAUUCUACAGGCAGAGAACCUGAUGGCUAUGGACAGGAAUGGUUCUAGUGAUCCAUUCUGUGAAGUGUUGCUAGGCAACAAAAAGAUUUUCAGGACCACUGUAAAAAAGAAUAUUCUGUUUCCAAAGUGGAAUGAGAGCACCACAUUUGAGGUGGAGGAUGAUACUCAGAAUGUUGAAAUUAACUUGUAUGACAAAGAUGUGUUCACGAGAGACUUCUUGGGAAAAGUCAUGUUGACGAUGGAUAAACUCAAGGAAAUCUCCUACAAGGCUAAACCAGAAUGGCUGACCUUGGGGAGAGCCAAGCAUGGCCGAGUCCAGAUAAAGUGCAAUGUGACUUGUAAAGAAACAAUUGAAGCACAGAAGAAGAGUAAAAAGGGAGAGAACUCAAAGAAAUCCAGUGUGCCUACAACUCCCCCUACUGAUGAUGAGGUCUUUGAGAAAGCAGAUUUCCCAACCAUGUCAAGCCCUCCAGUCAUUGUGACAGUGCCCCCACCUAAUGGCACACCCGGGGAGACAAGGGCUGUAAAGGUACAGAACCUUCAGGCAGCUAGGCCCACCCAGUCCACUCAAAACUCCGUCAGUGCUACACUUCCUCGGACAGGACGGAAGGAUCCAGAGUCAUUAGCUCUUCAGAACUCUGGCAAUGGUGGACUACACAGAUCUGUGUCUGACGUAAACAUUGGUAAACGAAGGUCAUCCCAUGGUCAUGCACUUCCGUCAGGAAUGAGACAUUCAGACUCGACCAAUUCGUUCACUGCGCUGCAUCACGGCGACAACAUAUCUGUUGGGAAGAGUGGCAAUGCUUCAAACCACAGCAAAAAGGAGAAAUGUACAUCAGACAGCAGUGUAGCUGGCAUUGAGCGUAUCUACAGUGUGUCUGGGCGCCUCCUCCGGGUGAGGGGGCUGUCCCUCCCUGAUACUGCCAGUAUAUACUGUAAAGUGCGUAUCAACAAUCCUAGUCAACGCCUUAGAUUGCUGUCAGGUAAUAGGGUCAUUGCCAAGUCACCCAUGGUCAAGGUUACGGAUCCCCUACUCAACACACCUUUUGAGAUUGAUCGCGGAGCAGGUGUAAAUGUAGACACUCUUCUCGUAUUGGACAUCAAACUGGACCACAAGGAGCAUAUUGCUCUGCAAUCAUUCACCCUGGAACACCUUUUUAAAGAUUAUGAGGAGGGAGGAAUACAGAAAUGGCUACCCAUGUCCAAAGGAGUGUCCGUGGAGGUAUUCCUGACAAAGGGCAAACCUAACCCUCGUCUAGUCAACAGGAAGGCGAGCCGCUUCAACAAAUCAUGGUCAUUUAGAAAAGAGAAAAUUCAUUAGUUUUCCAUAUAGCAUCACAUUGAAAUUGAAAAUACUUAAUUUGAAAAAAAAAAUUCCUCUUAAAUCUGUGAUGGACGUUUGUGUUUGAUUCAGAAAUCGUGAUGUGUGAAAAAAAUUGUAGAUGAUUAUUUUUGUUAUUGCGAUUCAACGACAGGUUUUGUGAAAAUGAAGUGCUGAUGGCAAAUUAAAGUAGCUGAAACUGCCUGAAAUAUGCUGAAAGAUUCUGAUCAAUAUACAAUUAGGUGCUGGCAAAGGAAACCCUGUCCAUCCACAAUAUUGAUACUCCAGGUUCUCCUAUAAAAUUAUAGGUUAUCUCAUAUACUGUAAGCUGUUACAUUUUUUUCUAUGCAUUUUUAAUCUUUUUGCCAUUUCUUUGAUAUUUUACGCUUCAACAGUGUAUAGCAUUAUUACUACAGACAAUGCAUGGUAUUUAUGAUUUAUUGUAUAGUUACGUUUUAUAUAAUUGUCAAUCUAAUUAACUUUGGAAUGCUCCUCCCUUUUGUACAUGAACUGGUGAUAUUAGUCAUAAUCAACAUUAUAUUGUGGUUAUAUAUGGUAUAAGAGAUUCCGGAAACACUUUCUGUAUCUAACAAGCAUAUUUGAUUAUUCUUAUUCUGGUUUGUGACACAUAUAUGUACCUGUGUCUACUAUAUCACUACACUAUGUACCUAGAUUUGCAUAAAAACAACUUCAAUGUUGGAAUUCUAAAGAAAAAAAACCAAACCUUUCCUAUAUAUACAUAUAUAUGAAUAUAUAUAAAUACAUUGUAUAUACAUGUAUAUCCUAGUGAUAAUAAAUUUCUUUUUAGUGUUAAGCUUUUUGAAUAACGAGAAACUUAAGCUGUACAAUGUUGGGGAUGAGUUUAUUAUUAUUAUAGAAAAAAUCUUAGUUAUUUAUAUUUCUGCUCCUUUUGUUUAUUUCUUCAGAUUUCAUUCAUAUUUGUUUGUUGUUUUUAUUUGUUUUUGUUUUUAUCCAUCCUAUUUAUAUUGAACAUUCCAAGUACCCAUGGGACUCAAUGAGCUGGGGACUCAAAGAGCUGUAUGCUUAUUGUUUUCAUUAGAUUCUAUCUGGCCCAACUGUGUUGAUAACCUAGUGCUUUGUCUGGUGUCUGUUAGUUGUUUUUUUUUUUCCAUUGAAAGUCUAUUAUUCUAGAAUGACUGAAGAUAUUUUGAAUAAAUUGACUAUUUCUCUGAUAGGUCAAGAUAUUUUCUUCUAAUUUCCAUUUGGCUUGUUUCAUUAAAAUGUUUCUGUUAUAAUGGUUUUUGAUUUGUGCCACUUGGGUUCCAACCAAGUUGAAACAUUGUAAGUUAUUUGUUUGUUGAUAUAUCAAGAAAAGCAGGUGAGCAAUACAGGCCUGAUGGGCCUCUUGUUUUGUUUAAAACUAGUUUUCAUGUGUUGAAUAUUCUGUUCUAUUUCAUUUUCUUGUGAUACUAGAGAAUUAUUUUUGUUACCAACCAGGCAAUGUGAUUAUGUUAAUUUUGUUAUGUUUAGAAUUAUAGUACUAAUACUCACUAACAUAUAUAUACUUCAAAUGACCUUGGCCGUCACCAAUCUUUGUAUGUGAUUACCAUCACUAACUAAAGGAAAGAUUAUAUUAUUAUAUUGAGAAUUUUUUAUUUGUUUUGCCUUCAAUGAUUUUUUUAUAAAUUGUGUCUUUAAAAUCAUAUACCAGGUAAUUAAUUUGAAAAAUUCUUAUUAAAUUACACAUUUUUAAAAACCAUUUUGGAAAUUCUCAGAAAUAUAAAAAUUUAUAUAUGCUUGUAUAUAUUUUAUCGCAUGGACAUUUUUUUUUUAUUCUACUUGGGUAAAGCUAGGUGAAAGAUUGUCAUAAAACACUUUUUGUCUGGCAAAUGUCAACCUGAGUAUCAUUUUUCAUGUCAUUUUUUUACCUGUGUCUUAAUCUCAGGUAUCUAUGGUAAAAGGUGAUAUUCAUUAUGGACCAUAAAAGAUUUGAUAAAUUUUUACCUGAUCUUAUUUUCAAAGUAUUGAUUCAGUUAUGGGAAUGUAGCAUAUUGUGCAAAUAAUCUGACCGGAGAUUUUGUAUUAUGUAGAAAACUUUUUAGACAAUUUUACGCCCCAAAUUUACAAUGUUGCCCUAUGACUACCAGGCAAGCAAUGGUAUACAUGUGAUAUAGGAAUAAAAAUAACAAAGAAAUAUUAAAGAGCACAUAAUAUUUCUCUUACGUAUUUUAUUUCUUAUUAUUAGUCUUAUCUUGUCCCAUAUAUAUUGUUGCUAGUCCAUGUGCUAUAAUUGCAUUUUGUGUAUAUUCUUUUAUUUUGAUAUAAUUAGAAACAAGCUAGGCUUCAUGAGAAAAAAAAAAAACACAAAUUAAUUUCAAGUACCUAGUGCCAAUCAUUUUGUCAAUUUUUUUUUUCAUAGAUUUUUUUUUGAAUCGUUUUGAAAUGGACUUGUUCAGAAAUACUUUAUAUGUGUGUAGCUUUAACUUUGGCCUAGACAGAUCAUGUGUUUAAUGCAAAUUUGGUUCCUGCUGGGUGUAAUUCUGAUGCGGCAUGCUGCUAGUUUUCCAUCUAUUCUGCCUUUUAGUCUCUGAUUUUUCUUUAAAUCUAAUAAGUCAAUUUAUAGAAAAGGAGUUCUAUAUUUUUAAUGUCUUCUUUGGUGUAGGUGUGAGGAUUAUUUUCAAACCCUUAGACUCUUUUAUCAGUGAAAUUUUAUGAUGAUUGUUCUUUUAUCAGUGAAAUAUUGUGAUGAUUGAGGGUAUUUUUAUGAAAAUAAUUGUUUUUUCUUAUUUAAAUGUGGAUUAUCGAAACAUGUAAUGUUUUGAAAUAUUUUUAUGUAUCAUCAAGCUGUUUUAGCUGAAGGGCUGUGUAAUUAUAUGUAUGAAAUAUCUUGUUUAUCAUUUUAUAUCAUUAUCUAACAUUUGUCUAGCUGUCAGUAUUAUUUGACUUUAGCAAUUUUAUCUGGGUAUUUAUUAAUGCUUAUCCUAUUAAUAUUAUCUUUAAGACAAUUGAUCAGCUUUUCAAAUCAGCUUCUUUUGAUUAUGAACACAUUCUGUAAACACGUAUGCAUUAGAAACUUUUAAGUACCUGUACAUCUUUUUACCCAAAAUUAGAAAAUAAAAAAAUUAACCUGAAGUUCCACUAACAGUUUUAUUAGAAAAAAAAUGAGUAAACAGAAUCAGACAUCCAACUUUUGCAUGAAAUAAAAAUAUUCUUCAAUAUUAUAUGAAAUGAUAAUUUAGACUUAUAAGUCACACAAUUUGACAAAUGAAUUGACUGGUGAUGAUUGGGCAUUUUUUUAUUGUAAAACACCAUUUUGUACAUGUACAUUGUAUGUGUUCAUAUUGAUAUUGACACCUUGCAAAACCUUUAGAAUCAAUGCGUAGAGUCAAUGUUUAGCCCCCAACGUUUCAACCUUAAAGCAUUGAACUACAUGGCUCAAAGGUUAGAUUUUAAUCUUAUAAUGUUACAUAUCAUGCAUUUUUUAUAUGUAAAUCAUUCUCCAUUUAGUCAUAAACUUUAAUUACUAGGUGGCAGCGAUUCUGUUCUGUUGAUCUAUUUCGACAUGGUUGUGAUAUUGAAUCUCAAAUUAAGUUCUUGAGAUUAAUCAUUAAAAAAUAAAACCUAUGAAAUUAUAUUUUAAAGUAAUUCAUUUUCAUCUAUCAAGAAUACAAUGUAGUUAGUUUUAAAUUAGAUAACAAUAUACAUGAAUAGAAUGAAUAUUAAUUGAAUAAGCACAGAAAUAAAAGAAAAAAGUAUUCUUUUAUAAUAGAUCUUUGUUCAGUAGAACUGUUAUUAUCUUUUACAAAAACUGUAUAAUAUCAACACACACAUUAAAGUUUCCAUACAGAAACAGGAGAUUACGUUAUAAAGAUAUAUAUAUCAAUAAUCAAUAAUCGCAUGUAGAUUUUUCAGUUCCCUGGAGUGAUUUUAAAAGUUGAUUUUCAACCCAAUCUGACCUAUCAGCCACUAUUUUGCCUAUAAGCCCAAACGCGUCUUAAUUGUUAACCGUUCUUGACUUCUCAAUUCCCUACCUGCAUGACCUCUUAAUCCCUACAUGACCUUUCAUUUCCUUCCAGACCUGUGAUCAACUCCUUAUCUGGCCUGUCAACCCCUUUAUGACCUAUCAACUUUUACCUGACCUCAACCCCUAUUUGACAGAUCAACCUUCAUCUUGCCUAUCAACCUCCACACAGCUUAUAAUCAACCCACAUUUGACCUCUAAACUCCUACAUGACCUCUCAACUCCUUCAUGACCUCUCAGUCUCUGACCUCUUAACCCCUACCAGCUCUCUCGCUAACCCUCCCUUGACCUUUCAACUCCUACAUGACCUCAGUCUCCGACCUCUCAACCCCUACCAGCUCUCUUGCUAACCCUCCCUUGACCUCUCAAUUUCUACAUGACCUCUAAACCUCUACCAGCUCUCUUGCUAACCCACCCUUGACCUCUCAAUUUCUACAUGUUGCUAACCCUCCCUAGACCUCUUAACUCUUACAUGACCUCUCAACCCCUACCGGCUCUCUUGCUAACCCUCCCUUGACCUUUCAACUCCUACAUGACCUCUCGACCCCUACCAGCCAUCUCGCUCUAGAUCCACCAUAAAAUCAAUAUUAUAUUUGUUUACAUAUCCUAUGAAUGCUGAUUUGUUACUUUACCUGUGAUAUAAUCUCUGCCAUUAUUGCUCCGAUAUCAUAAAACAUAUUUUUAUUGACAUAUAUUCUAUUUAUUGUGUGUAUAUAUGAUAGUCAUGCUUUCAAGUUAUAUGUUUGAUGCUCCAGGAAAGCCUUCUGCCAGAGAAUGAAAGUUAAUAUUUAUCAGAUAUACAUAUUUGGGUGGUUGCAUAUGUGGCAAAAGGAACUUCUUUCUCAACUUCCACUAAGUAACCGGGGUUUGUGUCCCAGAACAUCUGUCUAUAAAGUUUGGUGGUCCAGGGUUCGAGUCCCAUUCUGGUUGUUGCAAUUUUCCUCCCUUGUUACAUUUAGCACCCAACUAAAUACCCACUGAUGUGGUUUAGGGGUAUGCAUGUAUCCUCGGGCUCAAGUCUUUGUUAAAGGAGGGAGGAAUAUAGCAGAACUGCACUGACCUGAAUGCCAUUGGCAAGGUAGCUCAAAUGGUUAGAGAUUCCCUUUAUAGAUUUUGGAGGUCCCAGGUUUGAGUCCCUUUCUGGUGGUUAUAUUUUUCCUCUCCUGUUACAAGGUUAUUUGUCUGACCAUUUAUUAUAGUUUCUUCCCAGAUUAAUAUUAGGGCCCCCAGUGCAAGUUCAUCUGGGCCAACAGGAAGGAUUGAUGUACGCUAUUACGAUUGAUUUCACAGCGAUUUUCCCAGAUUAUUGAGGAAUAGAACCCUGUCAUAAAAUUGGGAAAAUAGCAUCAGUGUUUUGAGGGUUUCAAACAAUUAGGUAUUUGUGAAAAUGAAAUAAAAUGCUACAAAUAUGUUGUUAAUGAAUUACAAUUAUUUCCCUGUGUACAUCCAAGAUGCUGUGAAAUUAUGUGGAAUAUUAUAUACAUGUAUACUACAUUGUAUAUGUUUGGAUGAUACUGUGAAUCAUUGUAUUUUAUGAGGGGUUUUAUUUAUUUACAUAUUUUAAGAAAUAAAUUUGGUUAUUACUAAUGCAAAAUUCAAAUCUACUGCGAUUUCAUAUUCACCCGAGAUUUGACAAGCAUUUUUAAUCUGCCAAAGGUCUGGAUUUUUUGUUAAAGAGUUAUCCUCCCAAUUAUAUUAAUUGAAAUGAAAAAAAAAAUCGUCAAAUAUUUUUGUCGUAUGCUUAAGAAUUAGAAUCUUAUGAUAAUUAACAGACUUAUUCAGGUUUAAACAUAUGUGCAUGUUCAAUUAGGAAGAUAAUACUUUAACAUGUAAAUAGCGAAUUGAUUCCAUCAAGUAUUGUGUAAACUUAAUUAUUAGAGAAUAGUAUAUAAUUAACUUCUAAAUAAUAUGUAUGCAUAAAAUAUUGUGGAUUCACAGUACAACAGAAGUAGAAAUAUUCAUUUUGAUUUACAAACAACAGAAUGGAAUAAAUUGAAAAGUAAAAUUGACAGCAGCUCUGUAACAAUUUUAGUAGCCAGAUAGCUGAUGUCUUUUGUAGCUAUACAAGAAAAGUUACAACAUUUUGUCAUCAAGACUCCAGCUUUUCUGGUUAAAAUAUGAUCUAUCAUAAUUAAGUCUGUCAUCACGGCAACCACCAACCAUUAAAUUGUUAGUGUGAUAUAGAAUUGAUGAUAAAUGAAACUAGGAAUAGAUCUUGUGUAAUGGAAGAGAGUUCAUUUUUCACUUAUAAACCGUCGCUUGUAUUAUUUGCUUAGUGAAUGACAAAUGUAGUAAAACCUAAAUCAUUAUCAAUCCCUAUUUUUUCAUUAAUCAUUUCUUGUCAUUAACUGCUAUUUUGUUAUGGUAAUAAAUGGUGAAAAUGA